CGGCGGCACACCCAUAUCUACCUAGUCUAGGAGACGACGCUGUGUUGGAAGAAUGAACAGGAUCAUUGUUCUCUCCCUAGCCAUUCUGUGCUGGGCCAGCAGCUCCUCAGCUCAGCAGUGUCCAAACUGCGAAGCCUCAUGUAGCGAGGCGAGUACAAAUGAACUGUGCUGCAAUGCCCAGUGCUGCGUCUGGGACGAUCCUCCCAUCGACAUUAGCGAACAAUCACUCAGUGAUCCCAAAGGCACUCCACUAGGGUUCACCACGGCCACAAUGCCUCGUGAAGAAAGCGACGACCCUAUGCCUUGUGUGGUGGUGAAUAUUCCAGAGCCGAAUCGGCAGACCUACAUACAGUUGCUCAUAGAUUCCAAAGAAAAUAUAUGUGUGGAAGAUGAGGACGGUUGUGCGGGACCGGUUCUCUGCAACCCUGACGGGCAUAAAGGAGUCUCUAGUGUCACAUUUCAGUUUGACUGUGGAAGCUGUUCAGCAGGUGCGUCUUUCUACUACAGAAUCCACAUGGAGGUUCUUGUGCUGGGAUGCAGUGUCCAGACUGGUUCCACUGAGCAGUGCAGGUGCUCCGACAUUCGGUGCAUCAGCGUCGCUAUCGACAACUCGAGCGCCGCCACCGAUCCGGAGUGCUGUCUGUGGGACUUUCCGCCCAACCUGGACGACGGUGUCACGAGCGAGCUGCAAGAGCUCGGCUAUGCCUUUGGGCGGACGACAUCCAACGCUCCGCGCUUCUGUAUCUCCUACCCCGUCCCGAGCGGCAGCGUGGACCUCAAAAACUAUUUCAUCGUGAAGCUGGACUUGCAAGGUCCAGACCUCUGCAUCUCUGAGCUGGGACGAAGCGAGAACAAAAGCUGCUCUGUGCAGCUACAGACAGUCAAGAAAGCAGACUAUUGCAGUGGUGUGCCAGUGACUGGAGCACACUUAGUCAAUUUCUCUGUGGACUGCCUAAAUUGUGACGUAUACACAGCCAACUUUCAAUUCAGAGUCUACUCCGAGGCGUUCAGUAAGUGAUCUACAUGAAUACAUAGUAGCAAUCUCAUUAUGCACCCCAUCCAUCUUCCCACUCUAAACGCUUUUUCUCUCAAACUAUUAGAUGCGACGCAGGAGAGUUGGUGCGACAAAAUUGACAGAAGUGUCCCGUCAGAGAAAUAUUAUAUGCAGAAUACUAGCAAACCAAGUGAUGAGGAAAAACACACACGGACGGACCCUCUCGUUGACGAGAACCCUUCUCCCGAUGAAUACCAUAAUAGUGGAGCCAGCAGACUUCUUACCUACACUUUACCAGCCGUUGUAACAAUUCUUACAGCUCUACUCAUUGCAUGACUACUUCUCAAAACCAAAACAACACUUAAAAUUCACUACGAUCUUUCAGGUUGUGUUUUUAUAAUUCUGUCAUUUGCGUUAUGUUGUCACAAAUUCUUAUCGGAG